UGUCCGAAACAUGUCUGAGGAGGAUGGACGGACAAAAGCGGCCCUGACGAAGGAAGUCUGAUGCAGAUGCUGAGCCAGAGGAGAGCCCAGGGAGCAGCAGCAGCAGCAGCAGCAGCAGCAGCAGCAGCAGCAGCAGCAGCAGCAGCAGCAGCAGCAGAGGAGCUGUAGAUGCCCUCUCCACCGCUGAGGCUCCAGCUCACGCCUCUGCUGGAGAACCGGGACAACGAGGAGACAGCUCCUCCUCAGACUCUGACAGUCCUGUAGAUCCCAGCUCCUGCGAGGAGAAGGAAGAGGACGAGGGGGAGGAGGAAGAAAAAGACCCAAAUAUGUUCACUUCAAAGUUUCUUAGCGGGGCCAACCCGCUAAAUGCUGUGUCAUCUGCUGUAAAUAAGUUUGGCUUGUUUGGAGACGAUGGGCAGGGGGAUAAAAAAUCCACACCCCAGCCUGGGAGGAAGCCAUCUGGAGAACAGCAGUCUGGGGUGGGCCCUGGAAAAGACCUUAAACAACAUCCAAGCUCCCAAAAUUCAGGCCAGGGUCCAUCUAUGCAAAAGUCCCAGCCUGUUAUUAAACAAGGAUCACCACAGCUGCAUGAGAAUGAACAGACUGGACCCAAACACAAGCCUGUGGGACAACAAGCUCCGUCAAAUACUGGAACAGAGUCGCCCAAAACCCAACUCAAGGGCCCACAACAACAGGGCUCUGUUAAGCCUGGAGCUCAACAACAGGUUGUGACUAAGAGUGAAGAACUUCCAGAAUCUUUAAAGGCAUCUUCACAGCGGGAGGAUAAACCUAAAACAAAGAUGCAACAAGGACCUGCAAAAACUGGACCACGAGGGUCCACAAAAGAAUUGCAACAACAGCAGCAGGGAUCACCAAAAAUUGGACAGCAGCAGCAGGACUCCUCGAAGGUUGGACAACAGCGAGAGGGCAUCAGGCCUUCACCCCAGCAGCAGUCCUCUGAUAAUAAAGCAGGAAUUAAGGGACAAGAAACGCCUGUCCUGACAUCAGUGAGGUCUUCAUCAUCAGGAACAACACAGGCUAGGUCUGAGUCAAAGGCAGUUUCCAAGUCUCUUUGCCCCGUCUGUAACACAACCAGACUUAAUAUGGAUACCAAGAAUCCACCGAACUAUAAAACCUGUACAAAGUGUAAAACUGAGGUGUGCAGCUUGUGUGGCUUCAGCCCUCCAGACUGCGAUGGACAUGAGUGGCUUUGUCUUACCUGCCAAAUACAGCGAGCUCAAGGAACCUCUGCAUCACCAGGACCACCCUCGAAAAAGCCCUCAACCAACAAAAGUUCUGCUCCACAAAACCAGACACCCUCUCCUGCUGAAUCUGUGAGAAAAGAAAAAGCAGCACCUGGUUCCCCUCAGAAAGUGCAGUCUAAAUCAAUAGCAGUGGCAUCCAAGGAUGAAGCAACUAAAGGACCAGAAAAUGUAAAACAUGCCGGUACAACAUCUGCUCAGAAAUCUCAAAAGGCACAACAGACUGGUCAAACUGCGCGGAAGCAAAGCAGUUCCACCCCAGCUCCAAUGCAGGAGUCAGGAGGUUUUUUUGGUUUUGGAGGUGCAAAAAACGAACCUGCAAAAGCUGAGGAGUCAGUAACUGGAAAGAUGUUUGGUUUUGGUUCUUCCAUUUUCAGUUCUGCAUCUACCUUAAUAGCCUCGACUGUUCAGGAUGAACCGAAAACCACACCACCAGUUUCGCCUAAAAUGCAAUCUACCAAAGCACCUUCUCUCCAACAGUCAGAGCAAGAAAAGAAGCGAGAAGCAUCUCAGCAGGCAAAGUCUCAACCAGCAGGCCAACAUAAAGUGGAAAAAUCCCCUGUAGAGGCUCAAAAUGCAUCAGCAGCAACCUCCUACAAUGCUCCUAAAGGAGGCCAAUCCACUUGUCCACUUUGUAAGAUGGCACUCAACAUGGGCUCGAAGGAUCCUCCCAACUACAAUGCCUGCACUGAAUGCAAAAGCACCGUCUGUAAUCAAUGUGGAUUUAACCCCAUGCCAAAUGUCAACGAGGGAAAGGAGUGGCUUUGUCUAAACUGUCAGGUGAAAAGAGCUUCUGGAGGAAUUGGAUCCCAGAAAGACUCAUCCUUGGUCGAUUCAUCAAAAAAGGCCCCAGCAGCACAGCCUGGAUCACAAAAAACAUCUUCACCAGGCUCUCCACUGAAAAAAAUAUUAACACCAGCCAAGCCUGAAGGAGCAGAGCGUCAAAAACAGGUCAGCCCAGCUCCUAGUCAGGGAAAACCUCAAGAGAGCCACAAGACGGGACCUCAGAAACAAUCCGACAAGACAGUUCCAGCUGGGCAAAAGCAAGGAAAUGCCCAAAUGCAAGAGUCCGGGAGCAUCUUUGGUUUUGGUGGACCUAAAACUCAAAGUGACGCUGUUAAACCUGCAGAGUCAGUGACUGGAAAAAUGUUUGGGUUUGGUUCCUCUAUUUUCAGCUCUGCAUCCACUUUGAUUACUUCAGCUGUUCAGGAUGAGGCCAAAACUACACCACCAAUCUCUCCCAAGAUAUCUCCUGCAAGAGAAUCAAAAUCUUCACCUGUCAAGAAACAGGAACCAGAGAAAAAAAUCCAACAACCACAGCCAGCCAAGGGUUCACCAGUAGUGCUGCCAAAAGCAGAAAAACUUCCAGCAGAACCGCCAAAGACAACUUCAGCUUCGCCAACUGUAUCCAAGGCAGCCCAGUCUACAUGUCCUCUCUGUAAAGUGGAACUUGAUAUGGACUCUAAAGAUCCUCCAAACUACAACACCUGCACUGAGUGCAAAAACAAUGUAUGCAACCAGUGUGGAUUUAAUCCCAUGCCAAAUGUUAAAGAGGUGAAGGAAUGGUUAUGUCUCAACUGUCAAAUGCAGAGAGCACUGGGAGCAUCUGAGCCUCCAGGAACUCCCCUGAUGAAACUACAGCCUUCACCAAAUAAAAUCACUGCCCCUUCCAGCAUACUUAAGAAGGAAGGUCCUCCUCCGCAGAAAGAUAUUCCAACAUCUGUGAAACCUAAAGAGACACCAUCACCAGGCUCUCCUCAAAAGAAUAUUCCACGACAAGGCCAGAAAAAAGGUCCUGAGAAGCCACCAGAGCAGAAAAAUCAAGCAGAAGAAGCUGGAGGAUUCUUAAAGUUAGGUGGUCCUCAACCUGAUGCUGCGAAACCUGUGGAAUCAUUGGGUGGAAAAAUGUUUGGCUUUGGUUCUUCAAUCUUCAAUUCAGCAUCCACAUUAAUAACACCACCAGUCUCACCUAAAAUGCAGGCCACAAAGGGAACCAAAUCACCUGCUGUUCAGAAACUGGAGGAGAAGAAAAAGCCAGAACAAGUUCAACAACAUAAGACCUCUCCCUUAUUACCUGCCAAAGUAGAAAAAAGGGGAACGGAGACUCUGAAGGAUGCAGUGGGUCCAGAUCUUACCAAGCCAGACCAAUCUGUCUGUCGAAUUUGUAAAGUUAAACUCAACAUGGGUUCCAAGGAUCCUCCCAACUACAACAAAUGCACUGAAUGCAAGAACACCGUCUGCAACCAGUGUGGUUUUAAUCCAAUGCCAAAUUCGUCCGAGGUUAAAGAGUGGUUAUGCCUGAAUUGCCAGAUGCAGAGAGCUGUUAGUGCAGCUGAGCCUACAGGACCUUCAAUGAAGCCUCACAGUGCACCUAGCAAAACCUCUGCCCAUGUACAUCAGAAAAUAACAGCUGAUAGUCCACAGGAAAGUUUGAAGAAGGAAAUAUUGAAAUUGGACAUAAAGACAGAAACUGCAGUACCUGAUCAAUCUCAAAAGAAGGGGAGCUCUACGCCAGCUUCUCCUCUCAAAACAAAACCUGCAGGAGUGUCACCUGCAACUAAAGUUGUUAAAGAACCAGAAGGUGAAGUACAGGCCAGCGCAACUCCUGGUCAGAAAACUCCCCUGAAUAAUCAGAGGCCACCACCUGAUCAGGCAAGUCAACUUGGACUAAAACCCAGCAAGGUCACGGCAGAUGCACAGAAAGAGUCGGUAAAACCUCUUGGCGUGAGUGGUCCUAAAACAGGCCCUGAUGUUUCAAAGACAACAGACUCUCUGGGUGGAAAAAUGUUUGGAUUUGGUUCCUCCAUUUUCAGUUCAGCGUCCAAUUUGAUAUCAUCUGCUGUUCAGGAUGAGUCACGGACGACACCACCAAGCUCUCGUAAGAUGUCUGCACCAGCACAGGUCUCUCCCAAGAUGUCUGUUUUGUCCAAAAUCUCUCCAAAAACUACACCAACAGUUUCUCCCAAAAUGUCACCAGCAAGGGAGCCAAAAACUGUUCAACAGAAAACAGAGCAGGAAAAGACACCAGAUCAAUCCCAAAAGAACAAAGUGGAUGUAGCUCCGCCACAACCAUCAAAGGUAGCAACAGUUUCCAAAACGGGCCCUGGGGCAGAUCAGACCAGCUGUCCACUGUGUAAAGUUGAGAUGAAUAUCGGCUCCAAGAACCCUCCCAACUACAACACCUGCACUGAGUGCAAGACUGUAGUUUGUAACCAAUGUGGAUUCAACCCCAUGCCUAUGGGAGAGGUAAAGGAGUGGCUAUGUCUCACAUGUCAGAUGAAAAGAGCUGUUGGGCCACCUGAGUCUUCAGUUCCUCCUAAUAUGAAGUCCCAAAUAUCACCCAAAAGAGUUCAGGCUUCCACUCCAGUUCAGCCGAAAGAUGAUUCCAAACCAACUACUCCUCAAAAGAUAGGCAGUCCAAACCCUGGUGAAAAACAGAAGGAGAUAUCACAGUCAGUCUCUCCACAGAGAAAACAAUCAACACCCUCAAGCAAACCUGAAGCUGCACUAAUGAAGCAACCUAUCCUUGAUCAAAAAACAGGGCAAGAAAAUUCAAAAACAGAUCAGGAGAAACUGCCUGAUCAACCAAGCCAACCUGGACGUAAGCCGAGUAAUGCAAAACAGCAAGCUGUUAAAGAACCAGAAGGUGAAGUACAGGCCAGCGCAACUCCUGGUCAGAAAACUCCCCUGAAUAAUCAGAGGCCACCACCUGAUCAGGCAAGUCAACUUGGACUAAAACCCAGCAAGAUCACGGCAGAUGCACAGAAAGAGUCGGUAAAACCUCUUGGCGUGAGUGGUCCUAAAACAGGCCCUGAUGUUUCAAAGACAACAGACUCUCUGGGUGGAAAAAUGUUUGGAUUUGGUUCUUCCAUUUUCAGUUCAGCAUCCAAUUUGAUAUCAUCUGCUGCUCAGGAUGAGUCAAGGACAACACCCCCAAGCUCUCGUAAGAUGUCUGCACCAGCACAGGUCUCUCCCAAGAUGUCUGUUUUGUCCAAAAUCUCUCCAAAAACUACACCAACAGUUUCUCCCAAAAUGUCACCAGCAAGGGAGCCGAAAACUGUUCAACAGAAACCAGAGCAGGAAAAGACACCAGAUCAAUCCCAAAAGAACAAAGUGGAUGUAGCUCCGCCACAACCAUCAAAGGUAGCAACAGUUUCCAAAACGGGCCCUGGGGCAGAUCAGACCAGCUGUCCACUGUGUAAAGUUGAGAUGAAUAUCGGCUCCAAGAACCCUCCCAACUACAACACCUGCACUGAGUGCAAGACUGUAGUUUGUAACCAAUGUGGAUUCAACCCCAUGCCUAUGGGAGAGGUAAAGGAGUGGCUAUGUCUCACAUGUCAGAUGAAAAGAGCUGUUGGGCCACCUGAGUCUUCAGUUCCUCCUGAUAUGAAGUCCCAAAUAUCACCCAAAAGAGUUCAGGCUUCCAUUCCAGUUCAGCCGAAAGAUGAUUCCAAACCAACUGCUCCUCAAAAGAUAGGCAGUCCAAACCCUGGUGAAAAACAGAAGGAGAUAUCCAUCUCUCCACAGAGAAAACAAUCAACACCCUCAAGCAAACCUGAAGCUGCACUAAUGAAGCAACCUAUCCUUGAUCAAAAAACAGGGCAAGAAAAUUCAAAAGCAGAUCAGGAGAAACUGCCUGAUCAACCAAACCAACCUGGACGUAAGCAGAGUAAUGCAAAACAGCAAGCUGUUAAAGAACCAGAAGGUGAAGUACAGGCCAGCGCAACUCUCGGUCAGAAAACUCCCCUGAAUAAUCAGAGGCCACCACCUGAUCAGGCAAGUCAACUUGGACUAAAACCCAGCAAGGUCACGGCAGAUGCACAGAAAGAGUCAGUAAAACCUCUUGGCGUGAGUGGUCCUAAAACAGGCCCUGAUGUUUCAAAGACAACAGACUCUCUGGGUGGAAAGAUGUUUGGAUUUGGUUCUUCCAUUUUCAGUUCAGCAUCCAAUUUGAUAUCAUCUGCUGCUCAGGAUGAGUCACGGACGACACCACCAAGCUCUCGUAAGAUGUCUGCACCAGCACAGGUCUCUCCCAAGAUGUCUGUUUUGUCCAAAAUCUCUCCAAAAACUACACCAACAGUUUCUCCCAAAAUGUCACCAGCAAGGGAGCCAAAAACUGUUCCUCAGCCAGAGCAGGAAAAGACACCAGAUCAAUCCCAAAAGAACAAAGUGGAUGUAGCUCCGCCACAACCAUCAAAGGUAGCAACAGUUUCCAAAACGGGCCCUGGGGCAGAUCAGACCAGCUGUCCACUGUGUAAAGUUGAGAUAAAUAUCGGCUCCAAGAACCCUCCCAACUACAACACCUGCACUGAGUGCAAGACUGUAGUUUGUAACCAAUGUGGAUUCAACCCCAUGCCUAUGGGAGAGGUAAAGGAGUGGCUAUGUCUCACAUGUCAGAUGAAAAGAGCUGUUGGGCCACCUGAGUCUUCAGUUCCUCCUGAUAUGAAGUCCCAAAUAUCUCCCAAAAAACUUCAGGCUUCCACUCCAGUUCAGCCGAAAGAUGAUUCCAAACCAACUGCUCCUCAAAAGUUAGGCAAUCCAAACCCUGGUGAAAAACAGAAGGAGAUAUCAGUCUCUCCACAGAGAAAACAAUCAACACCCUCAAGCAAACCUGAAGCUGCACUAAUGAAGCAACCUAUCCUUGAUCAAAAAACAGGGCAAGAAAAUUCAAAAACAGAUCAGGAGAAACUGCCUGAUCAACCAAGCCAACCUGGACGUACGCAGAGUAAUGCAAAACAGCAAGCUGUUAAAGAACCAGAAGGUGAAGUACAGGCCAGCGCAACUCCUGGUCAGAAAACUCCCCUGAAUAAUCAGAGGCCACCACCUGAUCAGGCAAGUCAACUUGGACCAAAACCCAGCAAGACCAUGGCAGAUGCACAGAAAGAGUCGGUAAAACCUCUUGCCGUGAGUGGUCCUAAAACAGGCCCUGAUGUUUCAAAGACAACAGACUCUCUGGGUGGAAAAAUGUUUGGAUUUGGUUCUUCCAUUUUCAGUUCAGCAUCCAAUUUGAUAUCAUCUGCUGUUCAGGAUGAGUCACGGACGACACCACCAAGCUCUCGUAAGAUGUCUGCACCAGCACAGGUCUCUCCCAAGAUGUCUGCUCUGUCCAAAAUCUCUCCAAAAACUACACCAACAGUUUCUCCCAAAAUGUCACCAGCAAGGGAGCCAAAAACUGUUCAACAGAAACCAGAGCAGGAAAAGAUAUCAGAUCAAUCCCAAAAAAACAAAGUGGAUGUAGCUCCGCCACAACCAUCAAAGGUAGCAACAGUUUCCAAAACGGGUCCUGGGGCAGAUCAGACCAGCUGUCCACUGUGUAAAGUUGAGAUGAAUAUCGGCUCCAAGAACCCUCCCAACUACAACACCUGCACUGAGUGCAAGACUGUUGUUUGUAACCAAUGUGGAUUCAACCCCAUGCCUAUGGGAGAGGUAAAGGAGUGGCUAUGUCUCACAUGUCAGAUGAAAAGAGCUGUUGGGCCACCUGAGUCUUCAGUUCCUCCUACUAUGAAGUCCCAAAUAUCACCCAAAAGAGUUCAGGCUUCCACUCCAGUUCAGCCGAAAGAUGAUUCCAAACCAACUGCUCCUCAAAAGAUAGGCAAUCCAAACCCCGGUGAAAAACAGAAGGAGAUAUCCAUCUCUCAACAGAGAAAACAAUCAACACCCUCAAGCAAACCUGAAGCUGCACUAAUGAAGCCACCUAUCCUUGAUCAAAAAACAGGGCAAGAAAAUUCAAAAACAGAUCAGGAGAAACUGCCUGAUCAACCAAGCCAACCUGGACGUAAGCCGAGUAAUGCAAAACCUCAAGAAUCUGGAGGCUUCUUUGGCUUUGGCGAUUCUAAACCUCAGUCUGAAGGUGCAAAAGCGGCAGAGUCAGUAAGUGGGAAGAUGUUAGGCUUUAGCUCUUCCAUUUUUAGCUCUGCAUCCACUUUAAUAACCUCAGCUGUCAUCGACCAGCCAAAGACUACUCCACCAGUUUCUCCCAAGAUGACCCCUGCCAGGGAGUCCAAAUCCCCUACUGUCCAAAAAGCAGAACAGGAGAAGAAACCAGAGCAACCACAGCAAGCAAAGGGGCAACCAGCUGUACAGCCAGAAGGUGGUGUGAUCAAGCCACCAGCUAAUAAGACACCAGAUCAGCUUCAGAAAACAGACCCAUCCUUGCAGACAAAGACAUCUCCACCAGGGCAGGCUAAAGUAGACACAGUGCCAUCAGAGCCUCCAAAGCCUGAAACAGCUCCCCAAGCAACCAUCAAUCCAGAUCAGUCAUGUCCACUCUGUAAAGUAAAACUCAACGUAGGCUCCAAGGACACACCCAAUUACAGCACCUGCACUGAAUGCAAGAACGCCGUCUGUAACCAGUGUGGAUUUAACCCUAUACCAAAUGAAACAGAGGUAAAGGAGUGGCUAUGUCUCACAUGUCAGAUGAAAAGAGCUGUUGGGCCAUCUGAGUCCCCAGUUCCUCCUACUAUGAAGUCCCCAAUAUCUCCCAAAAGAGUUCAGGCUUCCACUCCAGUUCAGCCGAAAGAUGAUUCCAAACCAACUGCUCCUCAAAAGAUAGGCAGUCCAAACCCUGGUGAAAAACAGAAGGAGAUAUCAGUCUCUCCACAGAGAAAACAAUCAACACCCUCAAGCAAACCUGAAGCUGCACUAAUGAAGCAACCUAUCCUUGAUCAAAAAACAGGGCAAGAAAAUUCAAAAACAGAUCAGGAGAAACUGCCUGAUCAACCAAGCCAACCUGGACGUAAGCCGAGUAAUGCAAAACAGCAAGAAUCUGGAGGCUUCUUUGGCUUUGGUGAUUCUAAACCUCAGUCUGAAGGUUCAAAAGCGGCAGAGUCAGUAAGUGGGAAGAUGUUAGGCUUUAGCUCUUCCAUUUUUAGCUCUGCAUCCACUUUAAUAACCUCAGCUGUCAUCGACCAGCCAAAGACUACUCCACCAGUUUCUCCCAAGAUGACCCCUGCCAGGGAGUCCAAAUCCCCUACUGUCCAAAAAGCAGAACAAGAGAAGAAACCAGAGCAACCACAGCAAGCAAAGGGGCAACCAGCUGUACAGCCAAAAGGUGGUGUGAUCAAGCCACCAGCUAAUAAGACACCAGAUCAGCUUCAGAAAACAGACCCAUCCUUGCAGACAAAGACAUCUCCACCAGGGCAGGCUAAAGUAGACACAGUGCCAUCAGAGCCUCCAAAGCCUGAAACAGCUCCCCAAGCAACCAUCAAUCCAGAUCAGUCAUGUCCACUCUGUAAAGUAAAACUCAACGUAGGCUCCAAGGACACACCCAAUUACAGCACCUGCACUGAAUGCAAGAACGCCGUCUGUAACCAGUGUGGAUUUAACCCUAUACCAAAUGAAACACAGGUGAAGGAGUGGUUGUGUCUUACCUGCCAGAUGCAGCGGGCUGUUGGAGUAACACAUCCUCCUGGAGUCACAUCUCUCAAAACUCAGGCACCUGGGAAAUCCCAAAGGACAGACAUCAGCAGCCCAGCUGAGCCAGAAAUGAAGGAAUCAUCAGUAUCACACUCACGCCAGAGGAAAGUCUCUGCAACUCCACAGGCAUCUGUGCUAGAUGAUGCUAACAACACAGUGGUUCAGCAACAGGCCAGCCCAGCUCCUGAUCAGAAAAAAGCACAGGAUUCCCGAAAAGCAUCAGGUUCCGAGAAAUCACCAGUCCAGCCAAGGCAAGCUGAACGUAAGCAGAGCAACGCAUCUGCACCUCCACAGAAAGAGUCCGGAGGCUUUUUCGGUUUUGGUGGUAGCAAAGCUCAGCCCGAGGUUUCGAAGGCAGGAGACUCUGUGGGUGGAAAAAUGUUUGGCUUUGGUUCCUCCAUUUUCAGCUCUGCAUCCACUUUGAUUACCUCAGCCGUUCAGGACCAGCCCAAGACCACUCCACCAGUUUCUCCAAAGAUGUCACCUGCAAAAGAAAUUAAAUCACCUGCCAACCAGGAGACGAAGAAGCAGGAACAACUUCAACAGGCAAAGAUACAUGCAGUGGAACAGGCCAAAGUGGACAUCGUUCCUCAAAAGCCUGUUGAAACCUCCCAAGUUGGUGUCAAACCAGGCCAGGCCACCUGUCCACUCUGUAAGGCCGAACUCAAUAUGGGAUCCAAGGACCACCCUAAUUACAAUACCUGCACGGAGUGCAAGAACACAGUCUGUAACCAGUGUGGGUUUAACCCCAUGCCAAACAAGACAGAGAUUAACGAGUGGUUAUGCCUGACGUGUCAGAUGCAAAGAGCGCUUGCAGCGGCUGAAUUAGGACAGCCUCCACUGAUGAAACCUCAGCUGUCACUCAGCAAAGUAUCCCCACCCAGCUCUUCCCAAAAAGAUGCCAAGGACAAUCAAAAGAAAGUUAUUUCCACUCAAGAAGCUGCAACUGUGGAGAAAAUUCAGGACAGUGCAACACAGGAUACGACACAAAAGAAAAUGGAUAUUUCAAAAACAACUACCGCAACACCAGCUGUGAAAGACACUACAGCUGCUGUUCCAGGCGCAACAAAAGAGGAGAAAUCCAGCAUGCCAUCUGCAGAGGAUGUUCCAGCCUCCUCCGCACCUCAGAGCAAAGAGAUGCGACCUGUUGUUUCAGACCACAAACAAUCAAUGCCUGCUCCAGCUCCUCCUGUGAUGGAUUCUGAAACUUCAGAUCAAAAGGAAAAGCCCCCAAGUUUUGAUCCAUCUAAAGUUGUAUCAGAAAAGAAAGAAGAAACUACUGAGACAGCUCAAAAAUCAGUCGAUCAAGCUGUCAAAUUGUUGGAUGAUGUACAGCCCCAGAAAGCCCUAAACAAAGACUCACACCCAGUUGAAAGUGGUCCACCGCCAGUACAGUCAGAAAAUCAGGAAUCAGGAAGUUUCUUUGGCUUUGGCAGUCCCAAAUCUCAGCGUGUUGCCUCAAAAACAACUGAAAUGGUGACUGGAAAGAUGAUGGGAUUUGGCUCGUCUCUCUUUAACUCAGCGUCUACUCUGAUAACAUCUGCAGCUCAGGAGGAUACGCACAUAAUGUCCAGCGCUCGCAAAAUGUCUGCGCCGCAAGUGUCUGACAAGAAGUCGGAACCACAGACUUCUCCAGCUGUCAAGUCCAGCUCUCAAGUUUUUCCAAGGAAGACUUCAGUUGGAGAGGUCAAAGCUAAUGUCAUGCAGAAAGUCCAUUUAGUGAAAAAUACAGACCAACCUAAGGACACUAAACCUCUACUGGGGCAGACUGAAGUUGAUAAAAGUUCACUUGACCUGGAAAAACCAGCAACUCCCCAAACUGCACCCAAAGUGGAUCAGUCUACUUGUCCACUUUGUAAGGUGGAACUUACCAUUGACCCUAAAACUCCCCUGAACUUCAACACCUGCACUGACUGCAAAACCACUGUCUGUAACAAGUGUGGAUUUAGUCCAAUGUCUAACCUAGCACAGGUAAAGGAGUGGCUGUGUCUUGAUUGCCAGAUGAAGAGAGCACUUGGGGCUUCUGAACCUCCUGGCCUCCCAAUGAUAAAACCACAGCCUUCACCAAGCAAAGAGAUCCCAGCCCCUAUACAGGAGAAAGAAAACCAGAUUCCAGCCUCGCAGGAAGACAUUCAUAAGCCAGCCGAACUCAGUAAUCAGCUUGCUGACAUAACUACAGUCAAAGAAACAGAAUCUCCUGCAGGCAGUGCACCAGCAAAGACAGUUACGGCUUCAGUCCCUUCUGUGCCUGAAAAAAAUGUUUCACCAAUUGUCACAAAGACUGACAUUUCACCAGCUUCACAAAAAACAGCUUUAGGGAUUACCAAAAGUGAAUCAGAUUUACCCCAGCAAGAAACUCAAAAAGUUCCCAUAAAUGCUUCCUCUCAGCCUGCUCCACCAGCUCCAGCAGAAGCAGAAAAGCAGUCCAUAAAACGAUCUCCAGAAGCUAUUACCACGUCUGUUAAAUCUGCUCCUCCAUCACACGUGGAAGCAGGAAAGUCACUCCCAAAACAGCCUCCAAAAACUGGGACUUCUCCAGCGAAAUCUGUACCACCAUCAGUUCAGUCUGCAAAACAGGAGUCAGGAGGCUUCUUUGGUUUUGGUGGCAGUAAACCACAGCCUACAGCAACAAAAUCUGGAGAGUCUGUGACGGGAAAGAUGUUUGGCUUUGGGUCAUCUUUCUUAAGCUCUGCAUCCACUAUGAUAUCCUCGGCUGUCCAGGAUGAACCUAAAUCUACACCGCCAACUCCACGAAAGAUGUCCACUACAGACAAAGUCACUCCCAAAACUACACCGACAGCUUCUCCAAAAAGAACACCAGCCAAAGAUGCCAAACCAACUUCUGUGCAGAAAACAGAGGAGAAGAAACCAGAAAAAACACCACAGGAUAAGGUUCCUUCAGCUCAACAAAUCAAAGUGGAGAAGAUACCACCAGAGCCCCCUAAAGUACUGGCAGAAACUGAACGUGCUUCUAAGACAGAUGAGGCCACCUGUCCACUUUGUAAAAUCAAACUCAACAUGGGCACUAAAGAUCCUCCCAACUACAACGCUUGCACAGGAUGCAAGGUUACUGUCUGCAACCAGUGUGGAUUUGAUUCACUUCCAAAUAUAUCUGAGGUAAAGGAAUGGCUUUGUCUAAAUUGCCAGGUGAAGAGAGCACUGGAAGCUUCUGAGUCCACUCCACAGGCUUUGCCAAGCAAAGUUCCUGAACCUUCCUCUGAUCAGAAAGAGAAGCCUACACAAGACAAGGACAACAAAAAAGAAGCCACACAACCUGCUUUAGACAAAAAAGAACCUCUGACACUUGAGGCCAAAGGUUCUAUGCAAAAGGUUCCUGUGGUUGCAAGUACUGAACAAGUACAAGGCAGAGACAUGGCUGGCCAGCAGGAACUGGCUGGAAAACAGCCAGCAGUAGAGGUUUCUACAGCAAAAGCAGACGUAAAGCUAGGCCUCGCAAAACAAGAAACUGGCAAAUUGCCAAAACAGCCACAACAAUCCGUGACCCAACCUGUCAAACCCACUCCAGCUGCAGCCCGGCCUACUAAGCAGGAGUCUGGAGGCUUCUUUGGCUUUGGUGGUCCUAAAACACAACCUGCAGCAGCAAAGCCUGCUGAAUCAGUGACUGGGAAGAUGUUUGGUUUUGGUUCUUCUUUUUUAAGUUCUGCAUCUACAUUGAUAACUUCAGCCGUUCAGGAUGAACCAAAAAUUACACCUCCUACUCAAAGGAAGAUGUCCACAACAGCACCUAUCUCGUCUAAAGCUACACCUCCAGUGUCUCCUGCAAAGAUAGCUCCUGUAAAGGAUACCAAGCCACCUGCUACGUUUCAGCAGGUGAAACCUGCUCCCGCUCCUGCUCCUGCUCCAGCUCCAGCUUCUGUCCCAGCCCCUGCCUCUGCCCCUACUCCUGCCCCUGCUCCAGUUCCUGCUCCAGCUCAUGCCCCAGCCCCAGCUCCUGCUCCUGCUCCUGUCCCAGCCCCAGCUCCUGCUACUGCCCCUGCCCCUGCUCCAGCUCCAGCUCCAGCUCCUGCUACUGCCCCUGCCCCUGCUCCAGCUCCAGCUCCAGCUCCAGCUCCUGCUCAUGCCCCAGCCCCAGCUCCUGCUCCUUCUCCUGCUCCUGUCCCAGCCCCAGCUCCUGCUCCUGCCCCUGCUCCAGCUCCAGCUCCAGCACAGGAAAAAGUAGAGAAAGUUUUACCGGAGACUAUAAAAUCCACAGAGGGAGUAAAGGUCACUCCUAAGACAGUUCUGUCCACAUGUCCACUCUGUAAAGUUGAACUGAACAUGGGCUCCAAGGAUCCGCCCAAUUACAGCACCUGUACAGAAUGCAAGAGCAUCGUCUGCAACCUUUGUGGAUUUAACCCCAUGCCUCACACAGAAGCGAAGGAAUGGCUGUGUUUGAACUGCCAGACUCAAAGAGCUUUGUCAGGACAGCUCGGAGACUCAGGAAAAAUGUCUCAACCUACACCUGUGCCUGCCGUCCCAGAGAUCCAGGCUACAUCUAUAACCGACAUGGCCGAACCCAAAACCACACCUGUAAAAGUAGAAUCCGCAGCGGCCACAGAACCACAACCUGUACCUGCACCUACCGAAACAGUACUAAUAGUUCCUAUGACAGAAGCAAAGGUUGAAUCUGCCAUGAUAAAAACUAUGGCAACCAAACCUUCCACACCAAAUGAACUUGAGACAACACCCAUACCUCCCACUGCAGAAAUGUCACCAGGUAAAGAAGAAAACCAGCCCUUGGCAGCAGAACCCUUUAUACCUGCCACAAUGGAAACAAAACUUCCAGAUGAAACAGCAAAGGCUGAAGAGGCAGACAUCAAGAUUUCCAAGACUGCAAGAACAGAAAAGAAAGAUGGACAGGAGAAAAGGGAUGUCAGCAUGGUAGAAUCUGUCAAAGUUGAAGAAUCUAAACCUGGGCUUCUAGAGGUUGAAGGUGAAGCAGCCGUAUGUGCAGCUUCCUCUAUUCAAGUGGAUGAGCCCAAAGACAUAUCCCUAUCCUCUAUUGCUGCAGAGGCUGAAGUGACUGAAAUUUUUGCAGAGACUGAAGCAAAGCAAGAGCCCUCAUUUCCAAGGCCCAUAAUUACAGAGGGACAGUCUGAUGAGGCUAUCAAACUGACAGAACCAACAAAACCGUUGCAGCAAGUGGAGCCACAACCAAAAUCAGAGGAACAGCAGUUGGCAGUGGAAGUAAAACCUGUCAUAGCAGCUGACAGCAGAGACGCCGUUGAUACAACAGAUGAAAACAUCACAGAUGUCACCUCAGCUCCGGAGUCACGACCGGUAUCUAAAGAGAGUAUAAUAAUAAAAGACCAAGAAGAAAGCAAUGGGGAGUUAGUUGACAAAAGAAAGGUUUCCCUACCUGAACAACAGGUUGAAGUUGAACACAUAAUUGCCCCUGUUAUGACAACUAGGACCAGAGUCCAGACAGAGGAAAAUGAUGAAGGUCAACCCCAGAUUAUACCUGUAUUACAGGAACUGACUGAGGAGCAUGUGGCUGAUGCAAGUAAAAAUGACACAAAUAUGGAUCCAUCCAUGACAGUAAAGGAGGAGGUUAAGUCUGAGAGAAGGCGCUUGAGUGUACAACCAAUAGAUGACAGCAGUGAAAGUGAGCUCACACUCUCACCAUCCCCUAAAGUCCAACGGAGGAUCCUAAAAGUUAGCACUCCUUCAUCCAGUAGUGAGGAUCUCAAAACUGAAAGUGCUGAUUCUUCUAUUGAAGAUGACGAGUUCAUCCGGAAGCAAAUAAUGGGAAUGGGUGAUGAAGAGGAAAUGUCUGUAUCAGAAGAUGAAAAAGAAAAGAAAUUGCCGGAUGUCCAAGCGAUACAGGAUAUUGAGCUUGAUAAUGCUUCUGUGAGUGUCAAGCCUCUUUCUACAGAAGAUGGCACCAGUAAUGAAGACAAUCUAGCCCAAAAUACAGUCCUCCCAAAAACAGAUGCCGAAGUAUCUCAAAAUGUUUCAGAAACAAUGCCCCAAACUACGUUCAAGAAAGCUACGCCUGUUGUAAGGCAAAGACAAAGUACUGAUGAAGAAGUGGAGAGCAUCACAGAAUCAUUGUCAAAAGGUUCGUCUAGUGUUCAGGCAUCAAGCUUUACUCCAGGAUCAUCACCAACAUCAGCUUCAUCUCUAGAGGAGGACAGUGAUAGCAGUCCCCGUCACAGAAAAAUAAGUGGGGAUAAACAACAUCGCAAAGGUAAACACAGGCAAUCAACCCAGCCUCUCCCCACUAUUGAAGACUCUUCUGAGGACGAGGAAAUAAAGGUACAUGGCCAACCACUUUCUCCAGCUGGAGAUGCUUCUUCUACAGAGGAUCUUAGACAAGUCACCGUAUCUGGUUCAGAGUACCUCCCCAGUAGAGAAUCUGAAGCAGAUAUUAGGAAAGCUGUACAGAGAGGAAGUAAACCUUCACCAACAGUCAUACCAUACACACCGUCUGAUCUAUUUGAAGAAAAUACAAUUGCAAUAAAAUCAUUGAAGAGUGCUGAAGAAGCAUAUGAUGACAUUUUUCAGAAAACAAAAGCUAUUCCAGGAGAGAGUCCUGAUAUUGAGCCAUUAUAUGGUGGAAUGGCAAUAGAGGACUAUCUUUAUGAAUCUUUGGUUGAGGAACCUGAAAUUAAAUCAAGUGAAUCUCAAGAGGAAGAACCCAAAAAUGAUGAUGGCUCUCAAUUGCUCAAAAAACUCAGGUCCCCAGAGGAGGUUUAUGAGGAGAUGAUACAGAAAAAGAAAGAACUACUGAUGAUAGAGCAGGAAUUUCAACAGGCCCAGACAGCUAAGGAAUCGACUAAGGGUGAUUUCGUUCAUGAACCACUCUCAAUGGCUGAGACCUAUGUGGUGACCAUACCCACAGAGGAGACACACAUCACAGAACAAAGUGAUAUACCUCCUCAAGUUAUGGACACUUUAACUGAGUUCCCAUUAAAGAAAAAGAAACGACCAGCACCUCCACGCCCUUCUGAACCCCCAAAGCGCCUUGAGAUAACUGUUGCUCCAAGUGCUCCCAGUGGAUCCAUAAGUUUUGUUAGGCCCAUGGUUCCCCAAGAUCCUGCACUCAGAAAGGCAUUGUUCCCCAUACCAGACCUGAAAAUUACCCAAUGUUCAUCUGGUGAGGAAGAGGAUGACAGUCUUGCAGAAGAUUAUGCAAUAGGCGUUUCCUCUGACAUUACUCCAAGUGAUGACUCUGAAACUAAAGAAGAUCCAUCCAUAAUUCUUACUUUGUCUGAAACAACUGAGCUCGAGCCUAUAUCUGUGGUCUGUGAAAUACCAGAAGCAAAACCAAUUCCCACUCCAAUAUCAGCUCCAGAACUAAUAACUACUCCUUCACCUGUGUCACCAGUUUCACCCCCAACUUCACCAGCCACUCCAGAUUCCAGUUUAGCAUCAAAUGCAACAUCUACAUCCUCAUUUCAGGCUCAAACAUCCCUAUCAUCAGAUUCAACCCCACUGUCAACUCCAACCCUCCCAGUUUCAUUUAAAGAGCAGUCACUUCCAAAAGCCUUUGUGCCUUUACCUGACACAAUAGCAGCAGUACCAUCAAGUGAAAAUGUAAUUCCUCAUCCAUCCCCCUCAUCCACUCUGACCCCGGUUAUAGUAACUAUACCAGAUGUAGUGUCUGAUCCAUCCAAAACUCAAACAUCUGAGAUACUUCAAAAUAAUUAUUCUGAAGCUGUAUCUCCAACUCCCCCUCAGGUGGUGGCAUCUGCUGCUGUACCUGUUAUGGUCCAAAUGCCGGACUUAGUUUCAUCACCAUCUCAAGUACCCAUUAAUAUUCCACCUGCUUUACAAGUGUCAGCACCAAGUCCUGCACCUAUUGUUGUCUCAGCUCAGCCUAUUCCCCAAGUUACAGCUCUGCCUAUUGUAGUAUCAGCUCCAACAUCAGCAAAUGAUAUUUCUUCCUCCAUAAACCUGGAAUUAUGCCGUGGGCCAGUCGUAGUCCAGAUGCCUGAUCUGGUUUCAACUACAGCUUCAGUCACUCCAGAAACGCCACAACCAAUCUCAGCCCUCAUUAGUACCCCAGCUCAAGCCCAAGUAAAGGUAGUGCACUCAGUCCCUAUACAAUCACCCAUUCCAUCAAUUACCCCAGUUGUACUACCAGCUAAAGCACAAGUAGAUGAGGGAGCUCUAUCAACUCCAACUGUUGUUAAAAAGAAGGUCCCACCUCCGCCUCCCCCUCGGUCUACUUCUGUAUCAUUAGCCGAGACUAUCACGGAAAUGCCUCUUGCAAAUAAAUUUGAUUCUACAACAUCUACAUCAGCUACUGGAACCACAGUUACUACACAGCCAAUGCAGUCUGUAAUUGUAGAUAUACAGCCAAGAAUGGAAGCCAUACAUCCAGACAGUGUGGCAGUACCACAUGUAGUAACCCCAACCAGACAGGGGCAUGUAAUCAUCAUAGUGCCAAGUGUGGAAAGUAUAGCCCUGCUUGAACAAGCCACACAGGAUAUACCUACCAUGGGACUAAAGGAUGUUUCUCAUACACAUAGUUGGGAAAUGACUACACACUCUGCUUCAGAUAGGUCAAGUACAGAUGUGUCCCCAGUAUCUUCUAAGGUGUCAACGGUCCUAACUGCUUCAGCUCCACCACUUCCACCUAAACCUUCAAUAGGGACAAAUGUUUUCCAUAGUGGAGAAGUCCUUGUUGAAGAUCCUGGUCCCUUACCUACUAUUGAUUUACCCAUGCCAGGAGUUUAUCCAAAGCCAUUGUCUUCCUCUCCAGCCAUAAGUGCUACAGCAACAGUAGCACCUGUUUCUGUUAUAAUACCGGCUCCAAGUCAAACCACCAAGCCUCCUCCACCCAUACCACCUAAGCCUAUAUCAAUUCCAGCUGGACUGGUUUUCAGUCACAAGCCAGGGGAGAAUGUCAAGCCACCUCCUCGUCCAGCAGCACCCAAAGCAGCAACAUUGCCUAGGAUGAAAGAACCUCCAAAUGCUCUGUCACUUAGCUUGGCACGACCAGUGGAGUUUAAGUUAGGUACAACAUCUCCAAAGUCUCCUGUGUCUCCAAGACACACCAAGUGUUUACAAACAUAUGUGGUGAUUACUCUUCCAUCUGAACCUGGGUCUCCAACUGAGCCCAUAACAGUUCAAGCACCUGUUAGGCGAGGUUCCAUGUCAUCUUCAAAAGUGUCAGAAGUAAAGAUAACACAGUCAGAACAGCAACAAUCUGUUGAGGCAUUCUUAACACAGACUGCAGUUAGGUGGGCCUCUGUCCCUACUGUAAACAAUCCACCUUUGAAUGCUGUGGCACCAGUGGAGCAAGUGACAACCACAGAGGUACGAGCUGCCAAAGUGCAAGACUUAGUACCUUCUGCUGUGCAGCCACCAUUAACUACGGCUGAUAUAAUUCCAGUGUCAUCAGAUCAGGAAACUUCUAUUCAAUUACAAACUGUACCUCCUCCAAUUAAGAAACUAUAUUUUCAGCAGCAGCAAUCAAUGACCCAGCCACCACCACCUCCUAAAACAAUGGCGGAAGACAUCACAAUGUCCUUUGAGCCAAUGAGUCUAAUUCAACCCAUGACAGGGCAAGCUGUAGCAAGAGAACAGUCUAUACCACCAAUUCUUCAAAAACCAACCGAGGUCACAGAAGUCAGAACAAUCCCACCAUCAGAUUUACCUGGAGAACUGGUUCCACAGGCACCAAAACCAAUUGUAGCUGUGCAUCCAGAGUCUUUUAUAGAAGUUCCUAUAGUACCACUGGAGCCUGAAGUACCAUUAGAUGAAGUAGUGGUUCAAGAUAUGUCAGCUACAGCACCCUCAACUAUUUUUAUUCCCAGAGUUUCAUCACAGUUAGAAAUACAACACAAAGAACAAGAUAUACCUACACACGUCAUGAUCACAGAGGCUGUUCAGAUAAGGUCACCAAUACCAGAAAAGACUGAGCCAAUCGCAGCUCAACAGCCACUCACAAUAUUUGAAGCAAUGAUUCACCCUCAAUAUCAAGAUUUGUCUACAGAUUUGAAUAAUACUCAAACUUUCUCUGAACCUUCAUUAUUGCCACAAGUUAUUCAGCCUUUAGAAACUCGGUCUAUAGUGACUGAGCAGGUAUCUAAGCAGGACCCAUAUCUUGUGACUGAAGUAGUGAUCUUCCCUACAACGGUUGGAUUUCCCACUGAGAGUUUUACAACUGACACUGGUAUUAGAAUACCAGAAGUAGCAGUGGUAGCUCCAGUGCCUCAUGCCAUAACCAUUGCAAAUGAAGUCAAAACAACACCUGAAGUACCUGAGUUAAUUCUGCAACCUCCAGUUUCUGAGAUAAUAACUCCGACAACUGCUGAAGUGCCACCAUCACCUCUUAUCACUGAAGUUCAGCAAAAUACAACAUACCCAGAUGUGCCACCCGUUACGUAUUUUAUGGAGGACUAUGAAACAAUUUCCUCUUCAGGUAUGCCACAUUCAGUGCCGCCACUGGGGGUUAUACCAUUUCAACCUGGACCUGAAAUGCCCACAGAGGUCAUAAGAAAGGUGACUGAUUUAAGUACUACUCCAAUGGCAUCAUCAGAGGCACAACCUCAGGCAAUCACUGGGAUGCCAAUAAUUACACAUGAGGAGACAACGUGUAGGAGAAGGACAUCCAUAUCAUCCAUGGUACAGCCAUCAUACACCUCAUUUGAAACAUUUACCUAUCCUGAAUAUGAAAUGCCCGCACAAGUAGUUACAACUGAGGCCUUUUCUGCGACAAGGAGAGAAUCUAUAACCAUGCAACAACCUUUACCAUAUGGACAAGUAGUGAACAUGCCAGCUGAAAAAGAUGUUCCUAUGGAUGGUUAUGCUGGUCAAUUCCCCUAUACUAGAGAAACUCCUCCUUCAACAGAACAGAAACCACAGGUAUUGACUUAUUCAUCAGAAUAUGACCAUCCUCUAGAAAUAAUAACCACUGACGCAUAUGCCAGGAGAACCUCAGUUCCCAGUACACAGGACAUUCCACAGGGUGUAUCUCUGACUCCAGUCACCAUCACUAAAAUUCAGCAAGAGUCCAUGGAGAGUCAAGAGAUAAGAGGACCAGAAAAGGUGGUCUCAAGUAUGAGUCACUUGUAUUCAUCUUCAAUUUCCACCUCAGGCCAGCCUCCUGAAAGCCUACCUAGCCUGGUCACUCAGGUGGUCACCACUGAGGUCCAAAGGACCACUGUUUCUGUUGUACAUGAAAGACUUCCACAAGCCUCUCUACCAAGUGUAGAAAUCACUAUACAACCGGACAUAGCAAAAGUCCAGCCUGUGCCCAAACAGAAUGGUAAGAUUAUCUAUCCUGGUGAUGUUAUUGAUCUACGCACUAUCAAAGCUGGCAUAAAGAUGACUGAGCAAGGAAUGGACCUAACUCCACCUGAAUCAUAUCGACAGUCCUUUUCAACAGACUUUAGCGGACGUCAAAUCACUGCAGUACAACCUGAGAUAGUAAAUCUCAGUGCCGAGAUCACCCCUGCAACAACACUGUCUGUUGUCACAGACAGCAUCACAAUAGUCACAUGCACAGCCACCAUUGCUUCUUAUAACAACAAUCCAGCAGAAAAGCCACUUGAUUUGCAAGGGCCUGUUACAUCAUUGCCUCUGCCUCUGACCACAUACAAACCUUUUGAGCCAUUAGCACAAAUUGUAUACAGGCCUGUGCAAGCCCAGCCUAUAGUCAGUCCUAAAGCAUCUACGGAUCAAGACAUACCCAUAAAUCUUUCCUUUGAAGCUCUUGUGUCCUCUGAAAGAAGACAACCUAUGACUUCAUCUCCAGCAGUUAUCAGCAAUGGACAUCCUGUUAUUUCUCUAGAGGCCACGGGAGCCAUGGAUUUAUCAAACUACAGGCCAGUGAGAGCUAUGGUAGCUUUGUCUGCUACAAGUCCAGGAGUGGUGACCACUGUUGUAGAGGAUGAUGGAAUUCCAGUAGACCUCACAGCUGGCAGGAGGAGCACGUGCUGUGAUGUAAUUUACAAGCUACCAUUUACAGGGAGCUGCAGAACACAGCCCCCUGUUACAACCCAACCUGACAACUCUUUUGGCUACAUAGAGGAUCCAUAUAACAAUGCUGGACUGUAUGGUAUAAAAGGAACUAAUGGUAUAAAAGCAUCAAUCUCUGAGACAAAUCUGAGAGAAGCAGGACUAUCCUCCUAUGAUCUCAAGAAUAACUAUGACUACCUCAGCGGAUCUUCAGAUGGUGCUAUAGACCUGACUGCUGCCAAACUUUCUACUGGUGAAGCGCUAGACUACACGAACAAAGGUACCAGAGUCUACCCUGCAACCAUUACUUCUCCAUACUCCCAGGCCUCUUCUGCUGGGUUUGGUGUAAAUAGUGCUCUAAAAUCUUCAGAUGGAAUAGUUUACUCUUCAGUAGCAGCAAUAGUUCCCUCCACAUAUGCAAUUACAACUCAACCAGGCUCCCUCUUUAGCACAACAUUAACACCAACAUCAACUGACCAGUGCCCGUCGCUACUGAAUCCAUAUGGCUUAAUUCCAACUACAGAUCCAGGACAGAUGAUUGCCUUUGAAACAGGGAUACCUAAAGAGCUCCUACCUACAGCUUUGGCUGACAUCAUAACUGGCUACCCAGAGAUGUACUCAGACACCACACUGGAAGCAAUUGCUGCUUCUCUCGAUGCCCUAGCAUCUUCACCAAUAUUCCCUGGCUUAGACAACACUAAGAUGGCCCAGUACCAGAUGGAAAGGGAGUUUUUAGAGCUGGAGAAGCUCAAGCAGUUAUGUCUUGCUGAAGAGCUGGAGUGGGAAAGGCAGGAAAUUCAACGUUACCGAGAGCAGGAACAGCUAAUGGUCCAAAGGGAGCUGGAAGAACUUCAGGCAAUAAAACAGCAGCUUCUCCUCCAGCAAGAAGAGGAGCAUCAUGCCCAUAUAUUAGCCCAGCAGGAGACCUAUGCUCAGCAAAAAGAGCAGUUACAGCAAAUCCAACAACUCCAACUGCAACUCCAGCGGCAACUAGAUGAGCACUAUGGAACCAUUGGUACAACUGGAAAUCUUUUAGAAGCUAAAUAUGCAGGAGUAGGUGACAGUGGCCAGUACUGGCCUGUUAAAGAUGAAUGUACACAUCCAUCUACUGGGACACAUGUAGAAGGAAGUCAAGAACAGCUAAACCAAGUAAAGCUUCAAGAUGAUCAGGACAUAGGCAAAAAAAUACUUGAUAGUGGUGUGCAGACGGAUGAUGAAGACUCUACAGAGAAGCAGCAUGUAGGUAGGAGAAAAAAGAGUAAGAAAAAUGUGGAUAGUUCUGUUCAAACAGAUGAUGAGGACCAAGAUGAGUGGGAUGCUCCAACCAAAGCUCGAAGACGCUCUCGAAAGCACAGCAGUGAUGGAAAACAUGGCUCCAAGGUCUCUAGCAUUGCCAUUCAGACAGUAGCAGAAAUAUCUGUCCAGACUGACCACUCGGGAAGUAUCAAACGACCCAAAGUCCAAUUGGAAACCAAGGUAGAAAUUAUCAAGCAAAUAUCAGCUCCAGAGAACUCUCAAAAAGGUGGCAGUCUAAGCUGCCAAACAGACUCAGAUAGAAUGCAUACCCCUAUUGAGGUGGGCUAUAGCACACACCUAACAGCGGAUGUACCCUCCAAGUCUAGAGUCUUCUACACACAGGUCUCCCCCCUAUCUCCAGAAAAGUCAUAUGGAGGGCAGAGAAUGCUAACUGCUGAUGCAGCCAGAUUUUCUUCUGGCCCCCGGAUAUUAAAGAGUGGUCAGAAGUCUCUGUCUGAACCUAAAUCCCUUAGUCCUUCCACAGAAGAAAGGAUGGGUGGAUACUAUACAGACAAUUAUUCUGGCCGAGGCUCUCCCUCUGGUACAGGUAAGAAAGUAAAGCGGACACUGCCAGAACCCCCACCUGAGGAUGACUCUCUGUCAGGGAGGUCAGGCUACAGCACCAACUCUGCUCGUCGCCGUCUGGCCCGUAGUACAACACUGGCCCGUGCUAAGAUUUUACAGGACAUAGAUAAGGAGCUAAAUCUAGUGGAGAGAGAGUCUUCUAAACUUCGCAAAAAGCAAGCUGAGCUUGAUGAAGAAGAAAAGGAGAUUGACGCCAAGCUGCGGUAUCUGGAAAUGGGGAUAAACCGCCGUAAGGAAGCCUUGUUGAAGGAGAGAGAGAAAAGAGAAAGGGCCUAUCUCCAAGGGGUGGCUGAGGAAAGAGACUACAUGUCAGAUAGUGAGGUUGUCAACAUCAGAGAGGCCAGGGGAGAUGGCCUUGAGAGACCACGAACAGCUCCUCAGUCAGAGUUUGACCAAUUCAUCCCUCCUCAAACAGAGGCUGAUUCUCAGUACAACACACUAACCAGUCCCUACUCCCACUAUGCUCAGUAUGUUCCUCAGACCCAAACCACCAGCCACUUCAGCCAGCCAAACCUGUACCAGCAGCAGUCUCUUUACCAUCAACAGGUAUCUCCUUACUCAACACUUUCCCUCACCCAUGCUCAGCCAAGCGGGUACCAACAUGCCCUGCUCUUGCAGCAGGAAAAGCAACGGCAAUCUACUCUUUCUGAUUUGGACCCUAAAAUUACCACCAACUAUGAAGUGAUACGGAACCAACCUCUGCUCAUUGUACCAACCUCGUCAGAAAGUGGCUAUGGGGUAGCUCACUUGGGAAGCAAGUACGGCAACUUAGACUUACGGGUUGGGCUGGAGGAAAGGAGCAUUGCCUCUAGUCCCAUGUCCAGCAUUUCUACUGAUUCCUUCUAUGCCGAUAUUGACCACCACAAUGCAAGGAACUAUGUACUGAUAGAGGACAUAGGAGAGCUCACCAAAGCCUCAACAGGACUAAAUAGCACCAGCUUGGGUUCUGGAUUCACCAUCCCUGAUAAGGAAUUAUCAAAGGCAGACAGAUUACUCAGGGCAGCAGACGCCAGGCGCACAGCAGAGGUGGCAGAGUUUUUAGGCUCAUCUCGUUAUGGUAAAGGAGAAGAUGAUACUAUGGAGGAGCCUUAUGAACUGAAGCUACUGAAGCAACAAAUCAAGCAAGAGUUCAGGCGAGGAACUGAGGGACUAGAACAUUUAACAAGCCUAGGCCUUCCCCAAUAUCUCCCCAGUGAUAGCAGUUUUCGCCAUUUCCCUAAAGGAGAGAAAUAUAGCAUUGGCAGGCUCACUCUUGAAAAGCAAGCUGCAAAGCAACUUCCAGCAGCUAUGCUUUAUCAGAAACAGAUGAAGAACAAAAAAGCCUCAAUAGAUCCUAAGGCCAUCACAAAAUUUUCCCCUAUUCAGGAGAGUAGAGACCUUGAGCCUGAAUUUGGUAGCUACAUGGGAUCUGGAGCCUCCUCUGUCUCUAGUCUGGCAGCUAGGGCAAGGUUACUUCAGGAUGAAAUUACUUUUGGGCUACGGAAAAACUUGUCUGAACAGCAGAAAUAUUUGGGUUCCUCCCUUGGGGCCAACCUCUCUGGUUCUCUUAAUCUUGGGCAGUCUCUUGUUCUGGGAUCUGCCAUCAGGGCCACUGCUCAGGACGAUGGCACCUAUCCAAGUGGCACUCGUUCCCGCCCUUCCUCCCGUCCCUCUUCCCGCCCUUCUUCUGUCUAUGGAUUGGAUCUGUCUAUCAAAAGGGACCUGUCCAGCUCUUCACUCAGACUUAAAACAGAUGGUGAGGUUCUGGAUGCAGCAUUUGCCCCAGGAGUUGCAAGAGCAAAGCCCACCAGUCUACCCAUUAGUCAAAGCAGGGGUCGUAUCCCCAUUGUAGCUCAGAACUCCGAGGAGGAAAGCCCUCUGAGCCCAGUGGGACAGCCAAUGGGCAUGGCUAGAGCUUCUGCUGGUCCUCUUCCUCCCAUUUCUGCUGACUCCAGGGACCAGUUUGGGUCUAGCCAUUCCCUGCCAGAAGUACAGCAGCAUAUGAGGGAGGAAUCUCGGACACGUGGCUAUGAUCGAGACAUCGCAUUCAUCAUGGAUGACCUGCAAGGUGCCAUGUCUGACAGUGAAGCGCUAAGUGAGUCCAUGCUGGCUUUGAACAGAGAUGAUGCCAGAAUCUUUCAUGAACAUAUCAGACACGCUGGAGGCCCAAACUGGAAUAUAGAAGCCUACCACCUCCGCAGAGAGGACACGGAUUGGUUUGAUAAACCAAGAGAAGGGCAUCCUCAAAGUGGACACAUGUCAGAUCGAAGACAGAUGAAACUGGUCCCUUACACCUUCCCUCACACACGCAUCAAGCUUAAGAGAGACAUGAAAGACACCAGUGUCUCAGGCAAUGGACUUGGUAUCCGCUUGGUAGGUGGGAAGGAGAUUCCUGGAAGCUGUGCAGAGAUCGGAGCCUACAUUGCCAAUGUUAUCCCUGGUGGUAUGGCAGAACAAACGGGAAAUAUUGUUGAGGGAAUGCAGGUGUUGGAGUGGAACGGGGUCCCUCUAACAGGAAAGACUUAUGAAGAAGUGCAGUGCAUCAUGGGCCAGCCAUGUGCAGAGGCGGAGCUCUGCGUGAGGCUUGACCUUAAUAUGCUGUCUGACCCUGAGCAUCCACAAGCCCUGGAGCAUCACAUCCAGCUUAAGGCUGUAGGGGGUCAGCGUUCCCCUGGCGUGGAUCCUAACCAGCUGGCGGCAGAGCUGCAGAAGGUUUCCCAGCAGCAAGCUCCUAGUAUGGCUGGAACAGGACAAGGGGGUUUGGGCGUCCUCUCUGCACUGGAACGUUCUGCCCUCCUCCAGUCUGGAACGGGGUCCGCCGCCUCCAGCGGGGUCCCGAGCCCCGGCCAGCCGGCGUCCCCUGCCAUUAACAAGAAACAGCGACACAAGCCAACAGAAGUUAUAAAGACACCUCAUCCCAUCACUGGAGAGAUACAGCUCCAGAUCAACUAUGACAGAAGCCUAGGAAACCUGAUUGUCCAUGUCCUGCAGGCUAGAAACUUGGCCCCCCGGGAAAAUGACGGCUACUCUGACCCUUUUGUGAAGGUCUACCUUUUACCAGGGAGAGGCCAAGUCAUGGUUGUCCAGAAUGCAAGUGCUGAUAACAAGAGAAGGACCAAGUAUGCCCAGAAGACUAUGAACCCAGAAUGGAACCAAACUGUCAUCUACAAGAACAUCCAUUUGGAGCAGCUUAAGAAAAAGACCCUGGAAGUAACAGUGUGGGAUUAUGACCGGUCUUCUUCCAAUGACUUUCUUGGAGAGGUACUGAUUGACUUGUCGAACACAGCCCAGCUGGACAAUACACCCCGCUGGCUACCUCUGAAGGAGCAGAGUGAAAGCAUUGAACAGAGCCGAGUUCAGCAUCUUACCCAGGCUCCUCCCGGGUCUGGAUCAGAUCAGGGCCAUGGCCAAGGACCAGGCCACAUGUCUGGGCUGGGACUGGGCCACGGACUGGGCCACGAACUUGGCCACGGACUGGGCCACGGACUGGGGCACGGACUGGGUCACGGACUGGGAGAGAGUCAAACACCAGGGCAGGGAGAUGGAAGUCACGAUUCACUGAAAAAUUCUGUGAUCAAGAGCAGAAGCCAUGGAAUCUUCCCUGAUCCAGCCAAAGACAUGCAAAUGUUACCUUUGGAAAAGUCCCACAGCAGCCCAGGCAGCUCCAAGUCUUCCUCAGACGGCCAGCUGCGCUCCCACGGCCCCUCCCGGAGCCAGAGCAAGAGCAGCGUCACUCAGGCUCACCUGGAGGAUGCUGGGAUAGCCAUUGCUGCCGCAGAGGCUGCCGUGCAACAGUCCCGCCUGCAACCAAAAUCCCCCUGGGUCCUGCCACCCACAGGACCGGGACACCGGCUGAGUGAUGUCUCAGGGUCGGUGGUGCUGUCGGCCCCGAGCCUGGUCGGAGAUGCCUACGGAGACCUGGAUGGAGAAGAAGGAGUGGGCACUGGAGUGGACAGUGCCAUUUUUCAAGUUCCACGCAUUGGUAAAACCAUUCCUAACGGCACGGACAAAAAUCAACAAAUCACCCCAGAAAAUGAAGGUGGUAAAACGCAAGUAAUUGGAGAAAUCAAGGUGGCUCUAAAGAAGGAGGUGAAGACAGAAGGAGACCAGCUGGUCUUGGAGAUCCUUCAGUGCAGAAACAUCACGUACAAGUUCAAAAGCCCAGACCACCUACCAGACCUGUAUGUGAAGUUGUACGUGGUGAAUGUGGCCACUCAGAAGAGAAUUAUCAAGAAGAAGACCAGAGUCUGUCGACAUGACCGGGAGCCCUCCUUCAACGAGACCUUCAGAUUCCCCCUCAACCCCACCGGACACUCCAUACAGCUUUUCUUGGUGUCAAACGGUGGGAAGUUUGUGAAGAAGACCUUGAUAGGAGAAGCUUACAUCUGGCUGGACAAGGUGGACAUGAGAAAGAGAGUGGUCAGCUGGCACAAGCUGUUUGUCAGCUCCACUCAGACCAACCCCUGAGCUCCACGCCUAACGCUUGCAGCUGUAAUCCACCGGCAGAAGGUGAAUUCAGAGAAUUCAGAAAAAGAAGACGGCGUCAUAAAAAUAUCAAUUUAAUGCAUUUCCUUAGUUUAUAGAUCACGGGAUGAAUGGAAUAAUGUUAUAAUGGCAUAGCAGUGGUAUCAGUCUAACACUGCCAGCACACGGCCACCUCUUUCUGUGUCAAGUAUCUGCAGAAUAUGGACUUGGAUGAAAACAUGCAGACACCAAGGCAGGUACUGCGAAAUUCUCCAGAGGAAUUUGGUAUAAGGGCAGUGAUGCAUCUCUUACCAUGGUUCCAGAUAGACAAUUCACAUGAGACUAUGUUGUUUUUCUGCACGACUGAAAUAACAUAUCUAACAGAUGGAUU